AUGAGUACCGUGCCAAAAAGGACCAACGUGAAACUAGCCAAGCUAUUUUACAAAUACGCAGACUCAGCACCUAAAGAGGAGAUCAAAGAAGAAACUAAAGAAGACAAUAAACAGUAUGAGUCAUACCCACCGUAUAAUUUCUCGUGGUUUAUCAAGGACAAGGUAGCGGCAAUGGGUUGGCCUCAGACCGUUGAAAAUUUAAAUUAUUUAGUCGACGCCGGUAUCAGCCAUCUGAUUACGCUGUCACCGGAGAAGUUGCCGCCAAUUUAUGACUUUGACAGGAAAUUAAAAUGGACCGAGAUCGGAAUCAAGGAGUUUGGGGCGCCCACUUUGAAGCAGAUAAUAAAGUUCAUUGAAAUAUGCGAAAGGGCGGAAAUGAGAGGGGAGGUUAUCGGCGUUCACUGCAGACAUGGGCGCGGUAGGACGGGCACUAUGCUGGCUUGUUACCUCGUCCACUUUAAAAACAUGGCGCCCGAGCGCGCCGUCCUCACAGUACGUGUACAGAGACCGGGUUCGUGUGAAACUUACGAACAGGAGAAAAUAGUGUGCUACUAUCACGACUGUGUAAGGGGUACUGUAACGAAACCCGAUUACCGGUUAGUUGACGAUAAGGUCUACUUUGAUUGCUCCAUGAAAUAUACUUAUCCCGACGAGGACAAAGAAGCCAAACCGGACGAAACUCUAGGUGAUGACAAAUCUGUGUUAAUGAUGAAAGACACUCCUCUACAGUUAAAUUUGACGGAUGUUAACACCGAAGAAGGGGAGGAACCGAGAAAAUUCCGCAAAUCAAAAGCAAUGGUUAUCAAUCAUAAGAUAUAUUUU